UUUCCAGGCCUGAGCGAGUAAAGCAAGUGCUCCAAGACCAUGCUGCAAAGACAGUCAUCCUGGCUCCAUCUCAUCCAACUUUCGUGGCUUCCCAGGAUUUGCAUCAGUGCAAUUAUGACCACAUCUGGGAGAAUAUUUAUACCAACAUCAACCUCUACCAGAAUGAAAAUAUGAAGGAAGAUGACCUUUCAAUGGAACAAAAUGAAAAUUACCUAGCACAAAUAAGUUGCUGCCAACAUGCUGAUGAGCCUAUCAAGCAGAAAAAAGAGAAAGGGUACAGCUAUGCAAUGGCCCUACAACUGCUGGGUUUGGAUGGUGGGACUGGGCCCAGUGAUAGGGAUCCUGUCCUGAUGAGAGGGACCUACUUGUCCUUUCUGUAUCUGCGCCACCUGCGAAUCAGGGAGCUGCAGCGCACCUGUCUAGGAAUUCUGAACUACUUCAGAUCUGUUGAGCAAACACUGACAAUCAACACUUCAGGCCUUACCUUGGUUGCAGGAAGUCUGGUCCCUACCAUAGAAGAUAGUUCCUGGGUAAAUAGGGCCACAGGAGGCUUGGGCACCUUGCAAGGCAUAGGAGCUCACCACUAUGUCCAUGGGACAGCCACCGAGCACAAGGUCCACAGUGUCCAGUUCAUGGAGUUCUCGGAAGUGGAGAACCAGGAUGACUACUACAGCAUGGACGCUGCUUGCAUCUACACGCAGGACCAGCGUGGAGUACAUAUCAUGUAUGAUGAAGCCUUGAGUGAUCUGAAGGAGCUAGAGGCAGAACUGCUGCUUGUGGCCAGCCAUUACAUUGAGAAAGGAAAAGAUCACAAAGAGGGCAACGAGUCAAAUACUGGCCAGGACUGGGGAUGGGCCCAUGCAAGUGUGGAUAGAUUUGCUGUGCUGUAUGACAUGUGGACUUGGGAAGCAGCCCUUCUAGAAAACAAGCGUCAGCUUCUUGACUGUUACUUUGAAGCCUACCAGCACGUUCUGGACCCUGAGGAGAGGUUUGCCUUAGCACAAGUGAUCACUGACAUCAUGCACAGGCGCCCAAGGUUUGAUUUCAGCCACCCUUACUUCAUUAAGGCCUACCGAGAUGAAUGCACCUGUCUGAGGCUUCACUUGCAGCUCGUGAGGGGCAUCCUCAAUCAGCACAUAGAGUGUCAGCAGGAGUAUGUCCAGAGGCUUUGGCAGGAAGGCCGUCCGGAUGAUAGCCGUAACUUUGGGCUUCCCCUUAACAUAAUUUGCAAACAACUUGUUUCCAUCAACAAUAGCUGCCCAGCUUUGAAAAACAUUUAUCUGCUGGAGUUCCACCCUUCCCUGGGUCUCGCAUCACUCAUCCCCCGAUCCCUUGAGUACCUCCUCCGGGAGGCCCGCCACACCUGCAGACCCACAUCCGUCAGCAGCCUCACCUUGCUGGAGAGACGUGUGCUGCAGCUGGCCCUGGAUGUGUGGCUCACACCAGCCAGGCCCGAGUCCUGGUACAGCACUCAGCUCCAGAGAGAUCUGUUUUCAGCUAAAGUAAUGGGAGAUCCCUUUCUCCUAGAAGAGAUAGGUCUGCUCGCACUCAAGUCUGCAGCAGACAAAGGAGAGAACCAAAGCCAAGAUUCUCCUGUGCUGCUCCUGGAGACAUUUUCCAAACUUCUAGAACUUCUGACCCUCCGCCACCGGCUGAUAGAAAUGAGUCUGGAGAGUGUACAUUUAGCUCGUCUCUAUAAGGAAUUGGCAUGGGAGAUGGGUUUUGAAGAGUUCCAUUUGUAUCUGAGACCUGUUCACUUUGAAUUUGCACCACUCAAAGAAAAAGUGGACCGUCCAUCUCCUGUCUUUAUCACCUCUCUACUGAAGGACAGUGAUCAAGUGGACAGAUAUUCUCCUACUACUCUUGUCUUAGCCAUCUCUGAGGUGGAUGAUAACCAGGUUUGCAAGUUUAGCUUUUAUACAAAGGAAGCCAUCCUUAAGCUCUUAUUCCAUUCAGGAGUGGAAAAUAUGCAAGUGACCCUUGCACGCCAAGCAGCUCAGAAAAAUGCCUUGAUGGUGGCUGUCCAACAGGCAUCCUUCUAUCACACGCCCUGGUGGGGCUGUCCUGCUGAUGUGAAGGAAAUAACUUCAGAUCUGAGAAAUUAUGGUGGAAUGGGUCCAGCCAGAAGAAGAAAUUCCAGAAUUGUGAAUGGCAUAGAGAACUUACUGUUAGCCCCAACUCCAAAAGUGCCAGACACCCUUACUCAUCCUUCAGAAAGAUUCCAGCCUACCAAAAGGGCUCCGGAGGCUUUUGUGUCUAUUCAACUAGAAAAGGUGGGGCUGCGGGACAUGAUGCUGAACACCUUCCUCCUCAGGAAACAAACCAUGGCCGACAGAAUGAAGAGCCUUGAUGAAAUUGGUAAAGUCAAGAGAGACGUUAUAGUUGAAUAUUGUCAGAAGUUCAACUGCCGUAUGUCUCACUAUGCUCUUCGUGGUCAGAUUAUGGCAUACUGCAAUAGCCUGAGAGCCCUGCUGGAAGAUUUCCCUACCAUCAGGGAUACCUUUUUCAUGGUGGGGCAACCACAAGAAAAGAAAGGGUUGAGAGACUCCAAGGAGGGCCUCAAGGCUGACCCCAGUUUUAACAGAGACCACAUUAUCCUCAAACCAAAGUCUCUAUAGAAGAGGAGCCAAGAGGAGUUCUCCCAAGAAGGAUGCCCCUUGAGGCCUUCUUGCUUUUCAUGGCUCCAGAGGAGACUAGAAUCUGGAGACUGGGAUGAUGCUUGGCCACAUUCCAAGAGCAGUGGUGUCGGCUGAUUGAGGAGUGAAGAAA